AUGCCUCUCUCUUCUAAUCCCCAUUCUCACACCCCCUCCCCCCCGUUUCAAGACGCAAUCUUUUGGGGUCCACAAUUUGUGUGGCAUUGUGAGACACGAGGCAUAGAGAAGGCAAAAGGGGAAGGAGUGUCUCCUACUGGCAGUCCUUCUGGCACACUCAAAGUGUGUCGUGGUGUGUAUGCUCGAAGUGGUAACAUUGAUUGUGCGGUCUUCAGGCAUGUGGUCAAGUGCAUUUUCGGUACACCCCACCCUCGUGAGGAUGCUGCAGUGGCGGAUGAGUGUGUCGCAAAAUGGGGCGCAGUGAUUGCAGGUGGUGCGGACAUUAUCGGACGCUUGGAGGUGGGUGCGUUCCACUGGGAUGAAUAUGAUGAUGUCGUUGCUCAUCCUGACUUCGCCGAGGUCCUUCACAAGUUGCGCAAGCUUUUGCGCAAUCGUAUGCCCACACUCAAAAACGGUCGCAUGGGAGAGAACGUGAUCGAACUGUUGAGGGCUCAGCAACUGUGUGUUCUUCUCAGUUCGGUGCCUGUGGAGGGCGUGCCAGAAAUAAACGAGAUUGAAUUAGUUCUAGGUCAGCUCUCCUGGGAGGACUCGCAUCUGGAAGAUAACUUGCACUGCUACCUGGAAGCGAUCGAUGCAGCAAAGUCAGCACGGCUAAACGGUGAUGUUUUGGAGCGUGUAGAACUUCUCUGUCCACCGUGUGGUGAGAUUUUUCAGCUUAAUGAAAUGCACACGUCAGGUGAGAAGAGGCCUGCCGAGGUGGAAGAAAGUGACGAAGAGGAGGGACGCGAUUCUGGCUAG